GUGCGGCGAGACGAGCAGUUUCUGUUUCUCUUUCCACCAAGCAUGAUCGUCAACAAAAAAAUCAUCAAAAUCAAUCAUCCCGCUUGUGGCAACAGCUACGGCAGAAAGCAGAAAUAACAGCAAAGAAUAUACUUGCUGUUAUUGGCACGAGGCCCAAGUAAAUGGGCACCCACUAUUACACAUAACUGAGUCAACUACGCACCUUGCUUCGAAUAUUGCAACACUUUUUAAAACGGAAAAUAUUCUACUUGUGCUACAAAAUGUCUUUUCCCGGUCAAUCCUUGCAGCGGGCAUGGCACUUAGUUGAUGCUAAGAAUCAGACCGUCGGUCGCCUCGCCGGGCAAAUAUCCCAGAUUCUCAAGGGAAAACACAAGCCAACCUUCCGACCGAACAAGGAUAUGGGCGACCAUGUUGUGGUGAUCAAUGCUGAAAAGGUGGGUCGAGCGGAAGGAAACUACUAAUUCGUACCGAACACAAAAACAUCCAUUAGGCGGUAUGGUCGAUUGAGGGUUGUGUCCGACUACGUUUUUUUUUUCUGGCGGUCUGUUCUGAUUUUCUCUACUGCAUUCCGAAUGGAUUUAUCUUGCGUGUUUCAACUGAGAAUCUCUGCGUUCCUCACUUUCGUUCCGCUUGCAAUCCGAUCCAUCAUAACAUAACAUAACAUAACAAAACAAAACAAAACAUAAAACACAUCACAUCAUACCAUAUCAAAUCCAAUACAACAGGUCCAAUUCUCGGGAAAGAAAUGGAAUGACAAACUCUACCGGUGGCACUCCGGCUAUCCCGGUGGCCUCAAGGAGCGUUCAGCGAGGGAUAUGAUGGCCCGCAAGCCGGAAGAGAUUUUGAAAAAGGCCGUCCUGGGGAUGCUCAAACGAAACAACCUGCGGCACCAGUCCAUCGAACCAAGGCUGAGAAUCUACUCCGGACCCGAUCACCCACACACCGCGCAGCUUCCGCCCGGCACCACAACCCCACUCCCGGCGCACCCCAGGUCCAAGAGCGGAGACUUUCAUUUCGGGCUGAGGGAGUACAACUCUCAGCGGACUAUCGGAACUGUUCGCAGCGGGAGCGACACAACAACGAAAGGCACCUAACAAUAAUUAAGGCACGCAUUC